UGAAGAACGGUCCGUUGAGAUUUUGUUUAUAAAGUUGGAAGGCCACUGAAGAAAAAAACCACCUUAGCUUUAAAUAUCGCUUUUCCAAAUGCCUUCAGCUCCGCGGAUGAGAAAAGAGGAGGGAAUGGAAUUUAUGAACAAACUGGAUACUGGUUCAUCUGUCGAGAUCGAGCGAAACUGACUUUUUUGUAUUAAAAAAAAAAAAAAAAAAGGAAACCAGAAGAUAGCGCGAGAGUGACUAUCACUUCAUGCUGUAUGAGGUGUCGCGCGAGCGGGCGCUUCACGUGGGGCGAUGGAGAACAUGCUGAUGACCUGGAGACCUGGAAUAUUUCUGCUUCUUACCUUACUGUUGGUCUUUCCAGGUGAUUCUCAGCGGGUGGAAAUGCCUCGGAAAGACAUGGAGGUAGUUAUGGGCCAAAUGGUUGUUCUGGAGGCCUGGUACACCCCCACCACUCCUAUAGAGAAGAACACCGUUAUCUGGAACUUCAUGUCCAAUGACUCCAAACAAAUCAUCUCCUACUCGUCUGGACAGAUUGGCAUCGGCAGUACUGAGUUUCGGAAGCGGGCAGGUUUUGCCAUGUCCAUGCCCUCUGCUAAUCUGUCCAUCUACAUCAACAACACACAGGAGUCCGACUCAGGACGCUUCCUCUGCAAUGUCAUCGUCCCUGGAGCUCCAGGCCUUUCUGGGGAACUACGCCUCAAUGUUAAAGUUCCUCCUUCCACUCCUGUGUGCUCUAUGACGGGAGAUCCUGUAGUGAGUGGCAAUGUGACUCUGAGCUGUAAAUCCAGCUAUGGCAAACCUGUUCCUCAGUACAAGUGGACCAAAGAAGCUCCUCUUUCUGAAGUUUUCUUCUCUCCCAUGCAAAAUGAAAGGCAAGGCACCCUUCGACUUAGCAACCUCACCAAAAACAUGUCUGGCAAGUACGUCUGCCGUGCCAGCAACACUGCGGGGACUGAUAGCUGCCACAUCAAUUUAGAAGUCUCCACCCCUAACAAUACCUGGGUCAUCGCUGGUGCCACAGUGGGUUCAGUGGUGGGACUGAUGGCGCUUGUGUUAUUCCUGAUUUUUAUCCUGAGUAGAAACCGUGAUACAGAGGAGGAGAUGCCCAAUGACAUCAAGGAAGAUGCACAGGCACCUAAACGGGUUUCCUGGGCUAAAAGUGGCACAGGAUCAGACAUCAUAUCAAAGAACGGCACGUUAUUCUCCAUAGCCACCAGUCCUUCUCCGCGGGACCCUCACCAUCUGCCCAACAACCAUUACCCAUAUCCUCCAGAUGCCUCUGAUACAGCCUCCUUCCUCACAGCCUCAGGGAGCACCACCACCUACCGCCUUUGCCCUGGAGAGCCCAACCCACUUCACGGCCUGCCUGGAUACAACAUCAGCAGCACACCCAAUCACACGCACCUCCAUCACCUCUACCAUAACCUUCCCCGCCAUCUUAGUUCCGCAGUCCUCAGCACCAACAGCUGCUCCCCACCCAGGACUGAGGGGGCCAUGCCGCAGACCCCGCGCCCACUCAACAUGCCUAUAAACACUGCCACUCUGUCCCGCAUGGGUGCUGUGCCAGUCAUGGUGCCUGCCCAGAACCAUGCAGGUUCACUGGUUUAGCACACAAGUUGAUUUAAGUGCUAAAGACUUAUAAAAACUGUACGACUGUAGCCAAAAGUAUUUGAGGAAGGGUUUCAGCAAUGGUGGUAAUUAAGAUGACAGAAAUAAACAUACUUUUUUUUACAUUAAAGAUUAAAGUACGUACAGUAAAUCUGUCAAAAAAAAAAAAAAAAAAAAAAAAAAUGGUGGCUUGUUUUAUAGUGUUAUGUUUUGUGUUUUUUACUGAGUAUAAUUUGUGUUAUGUUGCCUAAACACUCACAGUGAAUUUAUUCUUUUGCAAACCAUUACACUGACCAAGGACUGUUUUUUUUUUUUAUUAUUAUUAAUUAUUUAUUUGGGCAAUUUUUUAAAAUGUAACAAAUACAUUUUGUCUCACAGUUUGUUGUACAUU